CAUAUUCCUCAUUUCUUCUCAUUUGUUAAUUUCAGUCACACCCACAACAACAUCUCUGACUGGGUAUUUAAAGCAGCUGUGUUUCUAGUGUCUCAUUAACACAAGACCAGCUUCACACCAUGUUUGUUCUGGGUCUGCUCACCUGUAUUGUGCUGAGAGCAUUCAGUGCUCAGGCAAAAGUGGUCACAAGCUUUGAUGAGUGCAGAGAUUUUUUCUACAAAGGCACAGAACCAGGAGGAAUGGAUCAGAAUGCCAAGAAAAUCUGCCAGAUGUACGAACAAGGAGGCUCUUAUUAUGCUACACUAUACUACUCACUCCCUCACAGGAUUCCUCUCUACAGUGCCUACACAUUUGACCCUUCAUGCUCAAGCACCACUGGAAGGACAGACAACUGGCACAUCGAGCCUCAGAUUUCCCAACCUCGAUCCCAAACUGACUAUAUGGUCCUUGAGAAGGCAUCUAAUGAAAACGUUAUUAAAAGAAAUCAAGCCAUCAGCAGCGACUACAUCGACACCGGAUAUGAUCGUGGACACCUGAACCCCAACAGCUUCCAAUGCAAUGAAGGCCGUGAGGCAACAUUCACACUGACCAAUGCAGCACCUAUGGAUGCGUGUUUCAACCGUGUCCACUGGAAGAAUUGGGAGAGCACUUUGAGGACUUUUUUAAAAUCCAAGCUUGUUAUUGAUGGUUUUGCUACAGCCUACAUUGUCACUGGUACGGUACCUGAUGUGAAUCUACGAAUACCACAAAGGGGAACCUCUGGAGAACCUGAAAGGGUGACGGUGCCCUCUCACAUCUGGACGGCUGUCUGUUAUAAGCACCCUCAUGACAGAGAGUCUUUCUCAUUCGGCUAUAUGGGGAAAAACCAGCCGGAAGUUGACAUAAGCCUGAUGAGCAUCUCAAACCUGAAUGAUCGACUCAGUGAACUCUAUAGUGAGCGGUUAAAAACUUAUCAGUCAAUUAAAAUUUUUGUUGAUGAUUGUUUUGGUGACAAUAAUAAAUUAAACAUGGUCCAGGUUGCAUUUCAGAAAUUAAUUAAUCUAGCAGUGAACCAAGGGGUCCAAAUGAGCUCAGGCAUAGAAAACAUGUAUCGCGCAGUGAAAAGGACCGUCAGCAGUGACAGCAUACCUGAAAAGAGAGUCAAGGUGAGUGAGAUGACAGUAAAAUUAGCCUUUGACAGCAUGAGCACUUACCACAAUGUAGUAGAGGAUCUGAAGACUUUUGCUGGAAGUGCUUGCCUUAUAACUCAUGCAAAGCCACUGUUAAAGAAAAUUGUGCAUGAUGAGCUCAGAAAAAGGGAGGUAUCUGAGGGGAGAGAUGCUGUCGAAUGCCUGUUGGUCCCAGAGAAGCAGAAGACUGCAGCUGAUGGAUCGCCCUGCUCAAGUGUCAAUGACUUUAGUUACAGCUGCCAAUGUAACUCAGGAAGUCAAACUAAGCCCUGUUGCUCCUCUCCCUGCCUGUACCAGGACAAUCUCAAUUCCUACAGGUGUUACUCAGGCCAGAGGCAGAUAGAGUGCUCACCCCGGUACUCACUUGUCACGGCUAUUGGAGACAGAUGUUUGGAUGAUCACCCCUGCGGCACAUACGGCAAAGACUACUACUGGUGCUGGACCAGUUAUGAUCUAAUUUUUGGCUUCAAGUGGGAUUACUGCAGCCCUCCGCUGUGGAGAAGUAAGGCUAAAAAUGGGAAGUACUGCCGCAGCAACCAUGCCUGUGCCAAAUAUGGUUCAGGAUAUAGGUGGUGCUACACGGAUGAUAAAAACAAUUAUGAUAAAUGCUGUACUUCUGAUGACUGCUUCUCCACUGUGACUGAUAAAACAUGCAGGUCUAAUCACUCAUGUGGCUACCAUGGCAAAACAUACCUGUGGUGCUACACAGAUUAUAAAAACAACUGGGAUUAUUGUUGCACAGAUUGUAACUAGUUUACAAAGUUUAUUACAAUUAUUACUAACACAGAACUUUCUAAAGUUGAUUGUGAUUGUAAUUGGAGCCCUUACUACCCUAGAAACUCUCUAACAUAAAAAAGACUCCUAUGUGCUUCUAAAAUUAACAGCAGCCUUAAAAGUUCUCUAAGUUACACAACUGCGGCACCAGAUGGCAGUAUAGAGCCGAAUAUAACUGAUGGGGAAUAUAUCCAUCUUACUGUAGUAGUGUCAUACUGGCCCAGAUUGCAUGUGUUUGGGACAGAGUGAAGACUGUUCUUUGUGGUCAUUAUAAUUUGUGCAGUAUUGUGUGCGUUAUUAACAAGUAACUUGUAACUGUUGUAACACACUGCUAAAUCACUAAGCAGUCAUUACACAAUAAAUGGGAAACUGUCCCGUUUCAAACAUUGAAACAACGCUGGAAGGAAAUAACAGAAUACAAACCGACGUUAAAAAAAUAACCCAAGUGUAUUUACACUCAAAUAAUGUGCGCACCAUACAACAAUAAUCAUAAAUAUCUCCAACACGGUGUGUGUGUGUGUGUGUGUGUGUGUGUGUGUGUGUGUGUGUGUGUGUGUGUGUGUGUAAAAUGUCUCUCAGUUCAUUGUGUGCUAUCUGUAAAGUUCAAAAUAGGUCUCACCGGCUGAUUAUACUCUGGGAGCAGUAUCCUGCGUGAGUCCGGCUGCCUUUAAUGUCCUCUGGAGAGAGCAAUAAAAAAGGGAAAAAAAGAAAAACGUGAAAAAGAUAUACUCCACAAAGAAAUGGUAAAGCACUCCAAAAACAGCCAGAAGGAAGUAGAAGCCAAGAGGCGAAACUCUGAUGCUUUUUUGGUAACAACCACUAGGUGGCACUUCGGUAGCGCGGUAGCCAUUUUGGGGUGAAAAUGCCAACUGGACAACAACACAGAUACACAGAAACAGACAGAAUGGCAACGAAAGAGAAGUCAAAGUGGAAUAAAAGAUUAAGUCAUCAGUAAAUUUUAUGACACCUAGUAAAUGUUGUAUUGUCUUAUAUAUGUUUUAUGUUACCAGUUGUGGAAUCCAACCAUUUAGUACACAUUUGAAGUAGUUUUUGCCUACUUUAUUGAAUAUUUCCAUUUCAUGCAACUUAACACAUUUACUAUUACUAUUACUCCACUCAGACUGAAAUAUAUAUUGUACGAUUUUAACCCCUUGGAUCACGCUAUAAACAUGAUGAUCUUAUAGAACAUGAUGCAUUGCUGUGUCUGUUAUCCCAUAACUCCCACUUUUGGACACAGUGACUGUGUUUUGUUGUUGUUGUUGUUUUGUUUUGUUUACAUAGUCUUGCUUUAACGGACAUUAAUAAAAGACAAUACUGCAAAAACAGUUUACUGUCAAGCUGUUAUUUUCCUGUAAUUUGUCCAACAUUCCCAACUUUUAUGAUGCAUCAUGCAUGUAGGCUACUUAAUUUAAUUUCAUAUGCUGGUAUUAAUUCAGUGUUUAUAAUGCUAAUACUUGAACUUCAAAAAAAAUUCAAGCCAAACUGACAUUGUUUCUAGAGAGCAAAAGUUUUGUGAAAAAAGGGGUAGACUUAAACACAAAGUCUGUAAAAUAAACUGUUAAAAGAAUUUGUUGAUCACUAGUCUAGUGAUUGUACGUUAUUGAUGGCUGUGUUGUCAUCAUUCAGGUUGGAUUUCAGCUUUAAUGUACUUUUUUUUUUUUUUUU